CUUCAAGCCAAUUGCAUUUUCACUUCUGUUGGUGGUCAGAUCUUCCAGCUGCCCACUCUCCAUUUUAUCUCCUCCAUUGCAAAAUCUUCAAUUUGAUCUUCAGAAGAAAGAACUCAUCAAAUGGAGGAGACCCAUACCAGUAUUCUUCUUCUUCUCCUUCACUUAGUAAGUUUAUCAUUCUUGUCCCAUUGGUGUUCGGCCGCUUUCUCUCCGCCGGAUGACUAUCUCAUUAACUGUGGAUCGAGCUCUAAUGUGACGAUGGAUAAUAGAAUCUUCGUCGGCGACUCUGCUAAACAAAUCCCAGUUCGUCUCUCAGCAGGUAAAUCUCUUUCUAUAAAUAACCCAAAUUAUUCUGCUAAUUCACCUAAACUAUACGAAACCGCGAGGGUUUCAACUGCCGCUUUGAGUUACGAAUUCGGUAUAUACAAGAACGGUACUCAUUUGGUCCGUCUUCAUUUCUCUCCAUUCACCUCACAAAAUUUCGAUCUCAAGACUGCAAAUUUCACUGUUUUCGCAAAUGGGUUCUCAAUUCUAAAGACAUUUAGUGCCCCAAACACUGUGGUUAAAGAAUUCAUCUUGAUGAUCAAUGUUGAUAAGUUUAAUAUUAUGCUUGUUCCAACUGAUUCUGAAACUGGGUUUGCUUUUGUGAAUGGAAUUGAGUUGUUUUCUGUCCCGGAUGACCUAAUUCCAGACACCGGCGCGAAGUUGAUCGGUCCGAAUGGACUUGCGGAGUUUAAUGAUCUUUCUUCUCAGGUCUUAGAGACUGUUCAUAGGAUUAAUGUUGGAGGUCCUAGAUUGACACCAUUUAAUGAUACUCUUUGGAGAAAUUGGUUCCCUGAUGAGGAUUUUCUUAUACUCAAACAAUCUGCCAAAAUUGUUAGAACUACCCAUAUCCCUAAUUAUCAACCCGGAGGAGCUUCAAGAGAAAUCGCCCCUGAUAACGUGUACAUGACAGCCCAACAGAUGAACAAGGAUAACCUAAUAAUCUCUACCUCUUUAUUUAACGUCACUUGGCAUUUCCCAGUUGUUUCUGUCACUUCCGUUUAUUUGAUUCGCUUACACUUCAGCGACAUUGUCAGCAAAUCGCUCAACCAGCUUUACUUCAACGUUUUCAUCAAUGGAUUCCUCGCUUACAAAGACUUCGACCUUUCCACCAUGACUAAUCGUUUGCUUUCAUCUCCAUACUACACUGAUUUCGUGGCUGAUACAAAUGGGUCAGGUUUCAUUAGUGUAAGCAUCGGCCCUUCUGAACUCAGCUCGCCUUCUCAGAAGAACGCUAUUCUAAACGGAGUUGAGAUCAUGAGAAUGAUGGAUAUCGCGGGCUUGGGUUCUAUGAACAAUAAGAGGAAUAAUAAUAAAGGCAAAUGGGUUUUGGUUAGCUCGAUCCUUGGAGGCUCGACCGCCCUCUGCUUGAUCUUGCUCGUGGUUUUAUUCGCAUUAUGGCGCCUGACAAAGAAACAAAAACGUAAACUGAAACCCAUAGAAAGCUUGGGAUGGACUCCUGUGGGAGUUUACGGUGGCAGCAUGAAUAGCAGACUGUCGGAAGGGAUCCCUUUCGCUAAUAUUCAAAUCGCAACAAAUAACUUCGACAAGAGCUUAAUAAUCGGUUCAGGGGGGUUUGGAACAGUCUAUAAAGGUAUCCUUGGUGACAAUAUAAACGUUGCUGUGAAGAGAGGAGUGCCAGGAUCAAGACAAGGCCUGCCCGAAUUCCACACAGAAAUAACUGUCCUAUCAAAGAUUCGCCACCGACAUUUAGUAUCCCUUGUUGGGUUCUGCGAGGAACAAUCGGAAAUGAUACUGGUUUACGAGUACAUGGAGAAAGGUUCGUUAAAGAAUCACCUUUACGGUUCUAGUACUUUUUCCCCAUUGUCUUGGAAAAAGCGGCUAGAAAUAUGUAUAGGAGCAGCUAGGGGCUUACAUUACCUACACACGGGUUCGGCUGAGGGGAUAAUUCAUCGCGAUAUUAAGUCAACUAAUAUUUUGCUUGACGAUAAUUACGUGGCUAAAGUUGCUGAUUUCGGGUUGUCUAGGGCUGGACCUUGUUUGGAUGAGACUCAUGUGAGCACAGGAGUUAAGGGUAGUUUCGGAUACUUGGAUCCGGAAUAUUUUCGUAGGCAACAACUAACUGAUAAAUCUGACGUUUACUCGUUCGGAGUUGUGCUUUUGGAAGUUUUAUGCGCCAGACCUGCAGUUGACACGAUGCUUGCCCGGGAACAGGUGAAUUUGGCAGAAUGGGCAAUGGAGUGGCAAAAGAAGGGGAUUCUCGAGCAAAUUAUGGACCCUUUUCUGGUUGGGAAUAUAAAAGUUUCAUCGUUGAAGAAAUUUGGAGAGACGGCUGAGAAGUGUUUGGCUGAUUAUGGAGUUGAUCGGCCUACAAUGGGGGAUGUGUUGUGGAAUUUGGAACAUGCUCUUCAACUUCAGGAAGGUGGGGGGCAAAAUGGUAAUUUUAGCACGGGCGAGGCCUCCACUUCUACUGAAGUUGGGCCUCGAAUACCUUUGAAUCACAUUAUUGCGGGUGACGAGGAUAAUGAAGAAAAUGGUAACUCUGAAAUGGCGACCAACAAAGUUUUUUCGCAGUUGAUUAAUAGUGAGGGUAGAUAACAUAUAUCUUUCGAAUUUUAUUUAUACUACAAUAAGAAUUGUGGUAGUUUUUCACAUUAGUAUAUUAUCUUGUCGAAAAUGGUGGGUUUCUAUCAUUUUGUAUGUUGUUUUUGGCCUCCAUCCGCCAUUCUAUUAUGUGUGUUUUAUUUGAUAAGUUGUAACUAGAUUAUCCUGGAUGUACUUGUUUGA